CUCGGCGGGCGGCGUGGAGCUGGAUUAGGAUGCCGCUGCCACCUGCGCGGCAGUCAGCAAGAUGUCAUGGCAUCCCCAGUACCGGAGCUCCAAGUUCCGCCAUGUCUUUGGCAAACCGGCCAGCAAGGAGAACUGCUAUGACUCUGUGCCCAUCACCCGCAGCGUCCACGACAAUCACUUCUGUGCAGUGAACCCCCACUUCAUCGCAGUGGUCACUGAGUGUGCAGGUGGGGGGGCCUUCCUCGUCAUCCCCCUGAACCAGACAGGAAAGUUGGACCCCCACUACCCCAAGGUCUGCGGGCACAGAGGGAACAUCCUAGACAUCAAGUGGAACCCUUUCAAUGACUUCGAGAUUGCCUCCUGCUCUGAAGAUGCCACGAUCAAACUCUGGGACAUCCCCAAGCAGCUGCUGACAAGGAACCUCACAGCCUACAGGAAGGAGCUGGUGGGCCAUGCACGCAGGGUGGGCCUAGUAGAAUGGCACCCCACGGCUGCCAACAUCCUCUUCAGCUCCGGCUAUGACUACAAGGUGAUGAUCUGGAACCUGGACACCAAGGAGUCUGUCAUCAUGAGCCCCAUGAGAACCAUCUCCUGUCACCAAGACGUGAUCCUGUCCAUGUCUUUCAACACCAAUGGCAGCCUGCUGGCCACUACCUGUAAAGACCGAAAGAUUCGGGUUGUUGAUCCCCGGCUUGGGACAGUCCUGCAGGAAGCCAGCUACAAGGGGCACCGGGCCAGCAAGGUGCUGUUUCUGGGAAACCUGAAGAAGCUCCUAUCCACAGGCACAUCACGCUGGAACAACCGGCAGAUGGCCCUGUGGGACCAGGAUGACCUCUCAGUGCCCCUCACAGAGGAGGACCUGGAUGGCUCCUCCGGCGUCUUGUUUCCCUUCUACGACCCGGACACCACCAUGCUCUACGUGGUUGGAAAGGGGGAUGGCAACAUCCGCUACUAUGAGGUGAGUGCCGACAAACCUCACCUGACCUACCUGACUGAGUUCCGCUCCUACAACCCUCAGAAGGGCAUCGGUGCCAUGCCAAAGAGAGGUCUUGACGUGUCCUCCUGCGAGAUCUUCCGCUUCUACAAGCUGAUCACAACGAAAAGCCUCAUCGAGCCCGUAUCCAUGAUUGUGCCCCGGCGGUCGGAAUCCUACCAAGAGGACAUCUACCCACCUACAGCAGGGACCCAGCCCUCCCUGACGGCCCACGAGUGGCUCAGUGGGAUGAACAAAGAGCCAAUCCUGGUGUCCCUCCGGCCCGGCUCCCAGCUGCUGAGCCCUCGGCCUCUGCCUCCCCAGCGACCCCUCUCCAAUGCUGCAGCCCCAGCUUCACUCCUGCCCGUGGACCCCACACCAAAGCUGGCCACAGAGGACAGCCGGAGGCCCAGCCCCCUGUUGGAGGAGAAGGUGCCAAGGUGGGCAGUGGAGCACAGGCUGGAGGAGAAGAAAUCCUGGCUCACAAACGGCUUUGACGUUUUCGAAUGCCCCCCACCAAAGACAGAGAAUGAGCUGCUGCAGAUGUUCUAUCGGCAACAGGAGGAGAUCCGAAGACUCCGGGAGCUGCUGACCCAGCGAGAGGUCGAGGCCAAGCAAUUGGAACUGGAGAUCAAAAACUUGCGGAUGGACUCUGGGCAGUUCUGAGCAAGGCCUCUGCCAUCCCCGCCCUCAGGGACACCACUGGCUUUGUGGGGAGGUCCAGAACCGAGCUUCACAUCCCCCAAAACAACCACUAUUUCUAUAUUUUUUAUCAGAAAACGAAAACUCUCAGUCACUGAAAGAGAUUCC